UUAUUUCAUGACCUUUAUCAAACUAAACCUCAUCAUGUAUCCAACAUAAGCCCCAAUAAGGUCACGGGUUUUAAUCUUGAUGAAGGUGGGAUUGGAGAGGUUGGUUCUGUAACUACCUGGAAAUAUAAGGAGGAUGAAAAUGUGAAGAUUGCUAAGUGUGUCAUUGAAGCCAUUGAUGAUGAAAAGAAAUCAAGCACUUGGAAAGUGAUAGGAGGAGACCUCCUAGAAGUAUAUAACGCUUUCAUUGUUAACAUAUCCUGCGAUCAACACUGGAUUACAUGGACACUUGAGUACGAGAAGAGGACUGAAGACACUUCAGAGCCUAUAUCUUUCUUGAGAUUUUACAUUUAUUUGACCAAAGAUAUUGAGGCUCACCAUGUCGAGAAAUAGAAGAACUCAUUCCUUUUGAUAUGGCUGAUCAUAUAUAAUAUGUGUGUGUUUGUGCAUCAGCGUUGGACAAUAUUGGCUCGUACCUGAAUGUGAAAUAAAUAAUAAUGAUGUGUUGAAAAAUAAUAAUGUCCAAUUGUCAAUAUAUAAAAGAUGUUAAUUAAUACUAUUUGUUUGUUGAGUGUGCUGUGUAUGAGUAUUGGACUAUAUUGGCUAGUCCUGAGAUUAUGCUAAAUUUCUGAGAUUUGGUUGAGGUUAUUUGAUGAGUGAAUUGAGAUUGCCCAAUAAAGUUAUUAUACGUAGAAAGAAAUAAUUUAA